CCUGUAUCCUCUCGUGUCGUCAUCAGCGUGGGAGCAUAAAAACAACGGAGGAGGCGUCGUUGAAGAGAAAGAGUUUGUUGCUUUUCUCCUGCUUCUCUACGGAAACUUUUAGAAAAUGGUGCAGCAUCUGUCCAAACCCGGAGCGAAGGCGGCUCCUCUGCUGAAGGCCGGCCACCCUCCUGCAGUGAAGGCUGGAGGUAAACGAGUGGCCAAGAAAAGCCUGGAGGACGGAACCACCCAUGGGAACCAGGACAAGGAUACCAAGCGGUCUGAUAAAUUGAGGUCCGUUGCCACUGCCAACAGAAUGCAGCAAGUGGGCAUACUCCUGGCCGGAACUCUCGACAAGCUGAGCCAUGACUUCCCCGAGACGCCGGUGAGCGUGAGGCACAGCAAGCUGCGCCCUGCGGUGGAGAAGACCCACUCGCCCCGCACGGUUCUCAUUCAGCAGCCGAGGAAGUUUUGAACGGCGUCUGUGUUUCCGACUGCGCCCGGGGGGGGAGCGGCGUGAAGUCAACUGUGAAAGACAAACAUGAGGUGUUAGACACACGAGGGGUUCUGACAGGUUGUUUGUGAUGUGUUGAUGGAAAGAGGGCUCUCAUCACGCUCUCUGUUUACUCUGUAGAAAAGUGAAGAUGCCUUUUUUUUUUUUUUCAGGCGUUUCUUGAUUGUCAGAAUAUUCUAAACCCAGGUUGUAGUUGUGUUUUCCAGCCGAUGGAAUGAACGAUGGCAGGGUGGUACCAGCAUGUUGAGAGGGGGGGGUUGUAAGUGAGGCUUUUGGGACUGUUUAAAAACAAUGUAUUGCUUGGCACUUAUUAGAGUUAAUAAAAAAAAAUAAAAAAAUUGCAUGAUAUAACCUUAUAGCAGACUUGUACUUAAUUUCUUUAGUUUUCUUUUGCAGUAAGCAGCAACAGUCCCUAGGUGGCAGCAUAUAGCCAUUUAUAAACAGAUCUUGAUGUACUUUUAUAAAUCAAACUUGUUGUAAGCAAAAUAUUAAUAAAAAACUUCCAUUACUACUUCA